GGGGCGCCCGGGAGCCAAUCCCCAUCCAGUCCAAUCUCAAUUCAUGUGCCUGCCGCUUGUGACUUGUGACUCUGGCAACGAACAACGUGGUGAACUUUAAGAAUUCCAUUCCAGGUGGUACAGGACACUUUCUCUAUAUUCUUCCUCAGACCCUCUCUUAGCACGGAGUCUUCACCUCAAAUCCCUCCUGCAUACAUACCACAUACCAGCAGCAAAAAUGAGUCUUCAGGUUCCCCACCGCGGAAAGGUCAAUGGCUCCGACAAGGACACAAAGGCGGUGAUCCUGGUUGGCGGCCCCUCCAGAGGUACUCGCUUCCGACCGCUCUCUCUGGAUGUCCCCAAGCCCCUUUUCGAUGUCGCUGGCCACCCAAUCAUCUGGCACUGCCUCACGGCCAUUGCCAAGGUCCCUUCCAUUCAAGAGGUCAUCAUGAUCGGCUACUACGACGAGUCCGUUCUCAAGGACUUCAUCAAGGACGCCUCCAACCAGUUCCCCGAACUGCCCAUCAAGUACCUUCGCGAGUACGAGGCGCUUGGCACUGCCGGUGGUCUCUACCACUUCCGCGAUGCCAUCCUCAAGGGCCGACCUGAGCGCAUCUUUGUCCUCAACUCCGAUGUCUGCUGCUCCUUCCCUCUCAACGAGAUGGCCAAGCUCUUCGACGACAGGGACGCCGAGGCUGUCAUUCUGGGGACCAGGGUGAGCGAGGACGCUGCCACCAACUUCGGGUGCAUCGUGAGCGAUGCCCACUCCCGCCGAGUUCUUCACUACGUCGAGAAGCCCGAGGGCCACAUCUCCAACCUGAUCAACUGCGGUGUCUACCUCUUCAGCGUCGACGCCAUCUUCCCCUCCAUCAAGAGCGCCAUCAAGCGCCGGACCGACCGACCACGUCUCGUAUCCUACCCCUCGUCCGACAACCUCGAGUCGAGCUUCAUGGCAGAUGACGACGAGGAACAGAGCAAGGAGGUUCUCCGACUGGAGCAGGACAUCCUCUCCGACCUCGCAGACAGCAAGCAGUUCUUCGUAUACGAGACCAAGGACUUCUGGCGCCAGAUCAAGACUGCUGGCUCUGCUGUCCCUGCCAACGCUCUUUACCUGCAGCAGGCUCAGCAAAAUGGUGCCCAUGAGCUCGCCAAGGCCGUGCCCAACCACAUCAUUCCUCCCGUCUUCAUCCACCCCUCCGCCACCGUCGACCCCACUGCCAAGAUCGGCCCCAACGUCUCCAUCGGACCCCGUGCCACCAUCGGCGCCGGUGUUCGUAUCAAGGAGACCAUCGUCCUCGAGGACAGCGAGAUCAAGCACGAUGCCUGCGUGCUGUACUCGAUUAUUGGUUGGAACAGCCGCGUCGGUGCUUGGGCGCGCGUCGAGGGCACCCCCACCCCUGUCACUAGCCAUAGUACUAGCAUCGUCAAGAACGGUGUCAAGGUCCAGAGCAUCACCAUCCUGGGUAAGGAGUGUGGUGUUGGCGACGAGGUCAGAGUCCAGAACUGCGUGUGCCUGCCGUUCAAGACCCUGAAGAGGGAUGUCUCCAACGAGGUGAUCAUGUAAGUGGAGUGAACGGAAAUCGUGAAAUGCCCUACAGAGCGAUACACAUCUUGCUUUGCGAAACCUGAUGCUAUGACAAUGAAAAGUGUAUGUCAUUGAGGUAGUUAGACAAAAAAUAGCGCCCCGGCUCUAUGUGGCCUAAUACAUAGGAAUAAAAUCUAUUCCGAUGAGCAUCAAUAAUAAAUGAGUCGUGGUGGACCUCCACUUCAUUUGACC